GCGAGUGACAUAGAAGCGGGGAGGAGGGGCGGCGGCGGGAGCGAGCGUACAGCGGCGCCAUUUUGUGGAAAACAAACGGACAGAACCGGAAAGCGAGACGGGACAGGUGCCAUGUUUCUGACCGGCAGGACAUUCUGAGGAUCCUGUUCUCACUGUUCAGAAAUUGGGUCAUUUAAAGAAAUUAACCUGUCUGCGGAGACCAGAGGGGAAUAAUGGUGAUUUUGCGCCGGGCUCGGCCGCCUGCUUCCGCCCCAACCAGCAAUGAAUCUUGACUCGCUUUCGCUGGCCUUGUCUCAAAUCAGCUAUCUUGUGGACAACUUAACCAAGAAAAACUACCGGGCCAGCCAGCUGGAAAUACAACACAUUGUGAAUCGGCACGGUCCGGAGGCAGACAGGCACUUGCUACGCUGUCUCUUCUCACAUGUGGAUUUCAGUGGCGAUGGUAAAAGCAACGGCAAAGAUUUCCACCAGACGCAGUUUCUGAUCCAGGAGUGCGCAUCCCUGAUAACCAAGCCGAGCUUCAUCUCCACACUCUCCUACGCCAUUGACAAUCCAUUGCACUAUCAGAAGAGCCUGAAGCCAUCGCCUCACCUCUUCGCCCAGCUGAGUAAGGUUCUGAAGCUCAGUAAAGUCCAGGAAGUCAUCUUUGGAUUGGCUCUUCUCAACUCUUCCAGCUUCGACUUGCGGGGGUUUGUCUACUCAUGUGCUAUAAAGACUCUCCCGGAAAUGUUCCCUCUAGCCGCGCAGUUCGUUAAGCAGAAGCUCCCGGAUCUCUUGCGCUCAUACGUUGACGUGGACGUUGGUGGCAGCCAAGAAGGUGGAUUUCAAGACAUCGCCAUAGAGGUCCUGCACCUCCUCCUCUCCAAUCUCCUUUUCGGCCAGAAGGGAGCCUUCGGGGUCGGACAGGAGCAGAUUGUUGCUUUUCUGAAGACCCUGCGCAGAGAUUUCCCCCAGGAGCGCUGUCCGGUGGUGCUUGCACCACUCCUCUACCCUGAAAAACGGGACAUCUUAAUGGAGCGGAUUCUGUCUGAUUCUGGAGGGAUCACCAAGACCGUGAUGGACAGUUCUCUAGCAGACUUUAUGCAGGAAGUGGGUUACAGCUUCUGUACCAGCGUGGAAGAAUGCCGCAAUAUCAUUGUCCAGUUUGGCGUCCGCGAAGUGACUGCUGUGCAGGUUGCCCGUGUGCUGGGGAUGAUGGCACGCACACACACCGGGCUGACGGACGGCAUCUCCUUACAGUCCAUCUCCUCCCCAGGCAGCGGAAUCUGGAGUGACGGGAAAGACAAGAAUGAUGGCGUACAGGCCCACACCUGGAACGUGGAGGUCUUCAUAGAUGUUGUGAAAGAGCUGAAUCCCACCUUGAACUUUAAGGAGGUGACCUAUGAACUGGAUAAUCCGGUGUUCCUCAUCCGCGAUAGCAAAGGGCUUCAGACGGUGGUAUAUGGUGUGCAGCGGGGGCUUGGCAUGGACGUGUUCCCGGUAGAUCUGAUCUACCGGCCUUGGAAACAUGCAGAGGGCCAGCUCUCCUUCAUCCAGUAUUCCCUGAUGAAUCCCGAUAUCUUCUGCUUUGCGGACUACCCCUGCCACGCGGUUGCCACGGAUAUACUGAAGGCUCCCCCUGAGGAUGACAAUCGGGAGAUAGCGACGUGGAAAAGCCUGGACCUGAUAGAGUCCCUACUUCGGCUGGCUGAGGUGGGACAGUAUGAGCAGGUGAAACAGCUCUUCGGUUAUCCUAUCAAGCACUGUCCGGAUAUGCUGGUACUGGCCUUACUCCAGAUAAACACCUCCUGGCACACCCUGCGGCACGAGCUCAUCUCCACACUCAUGCCCAUAUUCCUUGGCAACCACCCCAACUCUGCUAUCAUUUUGCACUAUGCAUGGCACGGCCAGGGCCAGUCUCCCUCCAUCCGCCAGCUGAUCAUGCACGCCAUGGCAGAGUGGUACAUGCGGGGUGAGCAGUACGACCAGGCUCGGCUCUCCCGUAUACUUGAUGUGGCCCAGGACUUGAAGGCCUUGUCAAUGCUGCUGAAUGGUACUCCGUUUGCCUUUGUUAUUGACCUCGCUGCACUCGCCUCCCGACGGGAAUACCUCAAACUGGACAAGUGGCUGACGGAUAAAAUCCGGGAGCAUGGGGAGCCCUUUGUCCAGGCCUGCAUGACGUUCCUCAAACGGCGCUGUCCUUCCAUACUGGGCGGCCUGGCUCCAGAGAAAGAUCAGCCGAAGAGCGCCCAGCUUCCGCCGGAAACCCUGGCCACUAUGCUGGCGUGUCUCCAGGCCUGUGCGGGGAGCGUGUCCCAGGAGCUGUCGGAAACCAUUCUUACCAUGGUUGCCAACUGUAGCAAUGUGGUGAAUAAGGCCCGGCAGCCGCCUCCUGGGGUGAUGCCGAAAGGCCGUCCUCCCAGCACCAGUAGCUUGGAUGCCAUUUCCCCGGUACAGAUUGACCCCAUCGCCGCGAUGGCCUCUCUUAACCUUGCUGCUACUGCUGCACCUCACACACAGAGCCUUCCAGCUUUCCCUCCCAACCUGGGCUCCGCUUUCAGCACCCCUCAGUCACCAGCAAAAGCAUUUCCACCGCUCACCACUCCAAACCAAUCCACCGCCUUCAGCGGCCUGGGAGGCCUCUCAUCCCAGCUACCAGGUGGGCUGGGGACGGGCAGUCUGAGCGGGAUGGGCACGGGAGGCCUGGGGCUUCCUGCCGUGAAUAAUGAUCCGUUUGGACAAAGGAAACUUAGCACUUCUAGUCUCAAUCAGCCCACAUUCCAGCAGACGGAUCUAUCUCAGGUGUGGCCCGAGGCUAACCAGCACUUUACUAAAGAGAUAGACGACGAGGCAAACAGCUACUUUCAGAGGAUCUACAACCAGCCUCCACACCCCACCAUGUCAGUGGACGAGGUGCUGGAAAUGCUGCAGCGAUUUAAAGACUCAAACAUAAAGCGGGAGCGGGAAGUUUUCAACUGCAUGCUGAGGAACUUGUUUGAAGAAUAUCGCUUUUUCCCUCAGUACCCGGACAAAGAACUACAUAUAACAGCCUGCCUGUUCGGAGGAAUCAUAGAGAAGGGACUUGUCACAUACAUGGCUCUAGGACUGGCACUGCGUUAUGUACUGGAAGCACUACGCAAACCUUUUGGAUCCAAAAUGUAUUUCUUUGGAAUAGCUGCACUAGAUAGGUUUAAAAACAGAUUGAAAGAUUACCCCCAGUAUUGCCAGCACUUGGCUUCCAUUAGUCACUUUAUCCAGUUCCCUCAUCACUUGCAGGAGUACAUAGAGUACGGCCAGCAGUCCCGGGAUCCUCCAGUAAAGAUGCAGGGUUCCAUCACCACGCCAGGAAGCAUUGCACUCUCCCAGGCCCAGACUCCAGCCAAAGCUCCUCUUCCUGGCCCAGUCAGCACCAACACGGUCACCACCGCUACCCCUACAACCUCCGCCAAAACCAUCACCAUAACCAGGCCCACGGGGGUCAGCUUCAAGAAGGACGUACCGCCAUCUAUCAACACAACAAACAUAGACACGCUGCUGGUGGCCACAGACCAGACGGAAAGUAUCGUGGAACCGCCUGAGAGCGUGCAGGAGAAGAUUGCCUUCAUCUUCAACAACCUGUCACAGUCCAACAUGACGCAGAAGGUGGAAGAGCUGAAGGAGACGGUGAAAGAUGAAUUCAUGCCGUGGGUGUCGCAGUACUUGGUGAUGAAACGAGUCAGCAUUGAAUUGAACUUUCACAGUUUAUACUCCAACUUCCUGGAUGCCCUGAAAAACACGGAGUUCAACAAGAUGGUCCUAGCGGAGACCUAUAGGAAUAUAAAGGUGCUGCUGACGUCCGACAAAGCUGCCGCAAACUUCUCUGAUCGCUCUCUGCUGAAGAACUUGGGCCAUUGGCUGGGGAUGAUUACUUUGGCCAAGAACAAGCCAAUCUUACACACGGACUUGGAUCUGAAGUCCCUGCUGCUGGAAGCCUACGUGAAGGGACAACAGGAGCUGCUCUACGUUGUGCCUUUUGUUGCCAAAGUCUUGGAAUCCAGCAUCAGGAGUGUGGUUUUCAGACCCCCAAAUCCAUGGACCAUGGGCAUUAUGAAUGUGUUGGCGGAGCUUCAUCAGGAGCAUGACUUGAAACUGAAUCUGAAGUUUGAAAUUGAGGUUCUGUGUAAGAAUUUGGCCAUCGACAUCAAUGACUUGAAGCCCGGCAGCCACUUGAAAGACAAGGACCGCCUGAAGUCUCUGGACGAGCAGCUUUCUGCCCCCAAAAAAGACGUCAAACAGCCGGAGGAGCUGCCCCCUAUCACCAAUGCCAACGAAUACGCCAUCCGCACGGCUGGUAAACUCUGGGCCUCUGUUGAGAAGCAGGAGUCUGAUGCGGUGUUCACAGCUACAGCCACGGCUCCCCCGCCCAGUACCACCUGCACAGUCACCGUGCCCCCACAGCCCCAAUACAGCUACCAUGAUAUCCACAUCUAUUCCCUGGCCGGGCUGGCCCCACACAUCACGCUCAAUCCCACGAUUCCACUGUUCCAGGCUCACCCGCAGCUCAAGCAGUGCGUCCGGCAAGCUAUUGAGCGAGCGGUGCAGGAGCUGGUUCACCCGGUGGUAGAUCGCUCCAUCAAGAUCGCUAUGACCACUUGUGAGCAGAUCGUGCGCAAGGAUUUUGCACUGGACUCGGAGGAGUCGCGUAUGCGUGUGGCCGCUCAUCACAUGAUGCGCAACCUGACUGCCGGCAUGGCCAUGAUCACCUGCCGUGAACCUCUGCUGAUGAGCAUUGCCACCAACCUGAAGAACAGCUUUGCCACGGCUAUGCGGGCAGCCUCCCCCCAGCAGCGGGAGAUGAUGGAACAGGCCGCAGCUCAGCUGGCUCAGGAUAACUGCGAGCUGGCCUGCUGCUUCAUACAGAAGACGGCUGUGGAGAAGGCCGGCCCAGAGAUGGACAAGAGACUCGCCACUGAGUUUGAGCUACGGAAGCAUGCCAGGCAGGAAGGCAGACGCUACUGUGAUCCGGUCGUGCUGACGUACCAGGCAGAACGCAUGCCGGAGCAGAUUCGAUUGAAGGUCGGAGGUGUGGACCCCAAGCAGCUGGCUGUUUAUGAGGAAUUCGCCCGCAACGUUCCUGGCUUCCUGCCCACCAAUGACCUGACACAGCCCACGGGAUUCCUGGCUCAGCCCAUGAAGCAACAUGCUUGGGCCACGGAUGACGUUGCCCAGAUCUAUGACAAGUGUAUAACUGAGCUGGAGCAGCACCUGCACGCGAUUCCCCCCACGCUGGCGAUGAACCCGCAGUCGCAGGCCUUGCGGAGCUUGCUGGAGGCAGUGGCCCUUGCUCGUAACUCUAGGGACGCCAUUGCUGCAUUGGGUCUGCUGCAGAAGGCUGUAGAAGGCCUCCUGGAUGCCACCAGCGGAGCAGAUGCGGACCUCCUACUCCGAUACCGGGAAUGUCAUCUCCUUGUUCUGAAAGCUCUGCAGGACGGCCGGGCCUAUGGCUCUCCUUGGUGCAACAAGCAGAUCACCAGGUGUCUCAUAGAAUGCCGGGAUGAGUACAAAUACAAUGUAGAAGCUGUUGAGCUGCUGAUCCGGAACCAUCUGGUGAAUAUGCAGCAGUAUGAUGUUCACCUGGCGCAGUCCAUGGAGAACGGGCUGAAUUACAUGGCGGUGGCCUUUGCCAUGCAGUUGGUGAAGAUCUUGCUGGUCGAUGAACGUAGCGUGAGUCAUGUGACAGAAGCGGAGUUCUUCCACACCAUCGAAACUCUGAUGCGCAUCAACGCACAUUCGAGGGGAAAUGCCCCGGAAGGGCUUCCCCAGCUGAUGGAUGUUUUGCGCUCUAAUUUUGAGGCGAUGAUUGAACGGGCCCAGGGUGGGCCAAACUUCAUGAUGCAUUCUGGGAUUUCCCAAGCUUCGGAGUAUGACGAUCCGCCCGGUCUGAGGGAGAAAGCGGAAUACCUGCUGAGAGAGUGGGUGAACCUGUACCACUCUGCAGCCGCUGGGCGGGACAGCACCAAGGCCUUCUCUGCGUUCGUGGGGCAGAUGCAUCAGCAAGGGAUCCUGAAGACUGACGACCUCAUCACUCGCUUCUUCCGCUUGUGUACGGAGAUGUGUGUGGAGAUCAGCUAUCGGGCACAGGCCGAGCAGCAGCACAACCCAGCUGCCAACCCCACCAUGAUCCGGGCAAAGUGCUAUCAUAACCUGGAUGCAUUCGUUAGGCUCAUCGCCCUGCUGGUCAAGCACUCUGGAGAGGCCACGAAUACAGUGACAAAGAUCAACCUCCUCAAUAAGGUCCUAGGUAUUGUCGUAGGGGUUCUGCUGCAGGAUCAUGAAGUCAGGCAGAGCGAGUUCCAACAGCUUCCAUACCAUCGAAUCUUCAUUAUGUUACUGCUGGAACUGAACGCCCCAGAGCACGUGCUAGAGACCAUCAACUUCCAGACGCUCACGGCAUUCUGUAACACCUUCCACAUCCUUCGCCCGACCAAAGCCGCAGGGUUUGUCUACGCCUGGCUGGAGCUCAUUUCCCAUCGGAUCUUCAUUGCACGGAUGUUGGCUCACACCCCACAGCAGAAGGGGUGGCCGAUGUAUGCCCAGCUUCUGAUUGACCUCUUCAAGUACCUGGCUCCAUUCCUCAGGAACGUAGAACUCACCAAACCAAUGCAAAUUCUUUACAAGGGCACUCUGCGUGUGCUGCUGGUCCUACUCCAUGACUUCCCCGAGUUCCUCUGUGACUAUCACUAUGGCUUCUGUGACGUGAUCCCACCUAACUGCAUCCAGCUGCGGAACCUGAUUCUGAGUGCCUUCCCACGCAACAUGCGACUUCCAGACCCCUUCACUCCUAACCUCAAGGUUGACAUGCUGAGUGAGAUUAACAUUGCUCCCAGAAUCCUCACAAACUUCACUGGAGUGAUGCCCCCACAGUUCAAGAAGGACUUGGAUUCCUACCUGAAGACCCGUUCCCCAGUUACCUUUCUGUCCGAGCUUCGCAGCAAUCUGCAGGUAUCCAAUGAACCCGGCAAUCGUUACAGCAUCCAGCUGAUUAACGCAUUGGUCCUUUAUGUGGGGACACAGGCCAUUGCUCAUAUCCAUAACAAAGGCAGCACGCCCUCCAUGAGCACCAUCACGCACUCGGCCCACAUGGACAUCUUCCAGAACCUGGCUGUUGACCUGGACACUGAAGGACGCUACCUCUUCCUAAAUGCGAUCGCCAAUCAGCUGCGCUACCCCAACAGCCACACACACUACUUCAGCUGCACCAUGCUGUACCUCUUCGCUGAGGCCAACACCGAGGCCAUCCAGGAGCAGAUCACACGGGUCCUGUUGGAGCGGCUGAUUGUGAACAGGCCGCAUCCCUGGGGACUCCUCAUCACCUUCAUAGAGCUGAUUAAAAAUCCGGCUUUCAAAUUCUGGAACCACGAGUUUGUGCACUGUGCGCCGGAGAUUGAGAAGUUGUUCCAGUCGGUGGCGCAGUGCUGUAUGGGGCAGAAGCAGGCGCAGCAGGUGAUGGAGGGCACCGGUGCCAGCUAGAUGUGCCUGUUACCCACAUGGACUGUACACUGGCAACUUGAGCCUGAGAAACCAACGUCUGCAAUGUGAAGAAUCCUAGUUUGUUUCCGCCCAGCAGUGUCGCCCUCAAAGCCCGGAGUGCGCGUCUGACAUCUUCCCCGCGCAGGGGGGCAAGCACUGGCGUUUUUGGAUAAAAUUUCACUUUUUUUUUUUUUUCUGUUGCCCAAAUUAACUUUUGGCCGAGCAAAGGAUGUUGUGAAUAUAUAUUUUUUUCCCCCCCUUGAUUUCUUGUAAAUACUGAUCUGAAAUGCAAAUCAAAAAAAAAAAAAAAAAAAUACAACUUUUUAGUCUGGGUUUCUUUUCAGUGGUGGGCGUUAACUGUGCGCUUCUGCGGCGGUGCCGUGCAUCCCGCCCACACCAGCGGAUUCCUUGGCAGCAGAUGAACUGACACUUGUGGUUGACCGGGUGGGGGAACAGCUGGGAUCAGGACGCGGUGUAUUUUUAUACCCAUCUUUAGGUCCCGUUCAUUCGCUUCUGCUGCUGGGCUUUAGCAGUCUCUGGCGCUGGAGACGUACACAGCUGCUCUGACAUUAUUGCUUGUAAAAAGACCCAAACACUAUUUUCUGAGACUUGUAAAUGAAGGGUUUGGUUUUUAUUUUUUGGGAGGGGGGGUGAGAGAGAGAGAACAGGUGCGUGAUCCGCUGCCCCUUUCUCUCCAGCCAGUCUUGAGUUUGUAUAAAGAACCGGAUCCCUGGACCAAUACAGGCCAUUUUGUAGAAUUUUGAAUGUUUUGUAAAUGUAUUGGUCCUGUGUUGUAUUUUGUAGGCUUUCAGUUUUCACUUGUAUGUAUGGAUUCUGUAGUUACACAUUAAAGUCAUGACCUGCA